AUGCGGCGUGAUACAGACUGAUUUCAUUAUCCCAAACUGGUUAAAUGGGGGACUUAGUGAUGAGUUUAUAUAGCCAAGGGUUCUCUCACCUUAAUAACUAGCUUUUAGGGUGUGGCUCUCCUUUGUGUUGUAUCAAUGGUAUCAGAGCCAACUCGGAGUGGUGGCCUACGAAGUGGUGGCCCACGGAGUGGUUGCCUGGGCAUGAUUUUGCUGUUACUUCGAUUGGUAAAUCAGGUGGAGCUCUUUCUCAAUGUCGUUCUCCAGAGAGGUGAAAGGCUAAUAAUUACUUGUGGUGUUGAAGUUUCCAGAGACAUGACAAUGGGGACUUCUCUGUUCUUGAACACCUGCGGCUGUUUCUCCUCCACAAAUCACCGUAACCAUAUUAUCAUUAAUCCUUUCCGGACUUUUCUCCCCCACUCUUCUUCUUCUUCUUCUUACAGGAAAAGAGUAUAUGCAAAUGGGUCUGGGGAAGCAGAACAAGAAAGUAAAAGAAAGGGCUUCGAUUUGAGGAGAAGAUCACUUCUGAUUUCUGGGUUUUCUUCUUCUUUACUGCUUGGGUUUAGUGAGCAGGCUUUGGCUGUUGUGAAACAAGGUCUCCUUGCUGGGAGGGUUCCUGGCCUCUCUGAACCAGACGAACAAGGUUGGAGGACUUAUCGUAGACCAGAUGACAAGUCUGGAGGGCAUGGCAUAGGAUGGAGUCCGAUCAUCCCUUACACAUUUGCAGUGCCUCAAGAUUGGGAAGAAGUUCCGGUAUCGAUUGCAGAUCUUGGUGGCACAGAGAUUGACUUGAGAUUUGCAAGUGGAAAGGAAGGUCGUUUGUCUGUGAUUGUCGCUCCCGUUUUGAGAUUCGCAGACGAUCUUGGAGAUGAUGCUACAAUCGAAAAAAUUGGAACGCCAGAAAAAGUGAUAAGUGCAUUUGGGCCGGAAGUCACGGGGGAGAAUGUAGAAGGAAAGGUUAUAAGCAUAAGUGUUACUGAAAACGCGGGGAGAAAAUAUUACCAUUUUGAAUUGGAGCCUCCUCAUGUUCUCAUCACUGCAACUGCUGCUGGAAAUCGUCUCUACUUGUUUAGUGUGACCGGAAGUGGUCUUCAAUGGAAGAGGCACUACAAGGAUUUAAAGAAGAUAGCCGAUUCUUUUCGUGUUGUCUAGUUCCAUUUUUCAUAUAGAGGUAAUGUAUCUUUACAUAAUGCAUCUUCAAACUAGAGAGAAUAGUGAGAUCGCUAUAGAAAUAUUUAUGGAAAAUUGUUCAAACAUAAGAUUAUUAGCGAUGGGGUUUUCAAUAGUUUUGGCCAAAUAUAUUGUGGAGUGUUUCUCUGUGAUGGUAAUGAUUAGCUUAUUGCUGAUAAGUAGUUUUUAACUAAUAAACUGUUUAUAAAUUA